CUUUUACUUUGAUCUAAACUUCAUCGCGGUUUCGUUGACAAUUAACAUCUACUCGUGUGUCAGGUGAACAUUUCAAUCGGAGUUACUUUGGUUUUUGAAGAGAAGUUUAUUUCCCGUCAGAAUGGACAGUCUGGGAGCGUCAUCGGCCCAGAGUCUGCAGGCCCUGGCGAACCAGGAGGACGAGGAGGACAGCGACGAGGACGUCAAGAACAGGUCCUCUGCAGAACAGCUCUGUCCAGGUCACAUCGGCCCGUCGACCACGAAGGAUAGAGAAGUAAAAGAUUCCUACGUGAAGAAGAGCAGCAAAGAUAUCUGGAGUAAGGAAGAAGUAGCCGAGGGCUGUCACUAUGACGACCUGAACGACCCCCGACCACAGCCUGAGUAUGAAAUCAUCCUGAAGCAGAGUGUGGGGACGGAGGAUCUGUUCCUGGGUUUGAGUGGGAAGAAUCCGUCCUCCAUGUGCUGUGAAGCCAUGCUGGUGAAAAUCAAACUGCCGGACACCAAAGCAUCAGACGUGGUCUUGGAUGUAAAAGAGAAGUUCCUUGAUCUGCGGACGCCCAAACAUAAACUGGGUCUUCAUCUUCCACAUCCUGUCCACAGCCAUGAGGCCAGAGCCAAGCUCUUCAGUGAGCAGCAGGAGCUGCAGGUGACGCUGUUGCUCAUACACCCCAUGGAUCUGAUCAACAUGCAGUGAAGAAGAAAG